GUCAAUAUGGCGGCGAUCGGCCGCGGCCGCUCUCUGAAGAACCUCCGAAUACGAGGGCGGAAUGACAGCGGCGAGGAGAACGUCCCGCUCGAUCUGACCCGAGAACCUUCUGAUAACUUGAGGGAGAUUCUCCAAAAUGUGGCCAAAUUGCAAGGAGUAUCAAAUAUGAGAAAGCUGGGCCAUCUGAAUAACUUCACUAAGCUUCUUUGUGACAUUGGUCAUAGUGAAGAAAAACUGGGCUUUAAUUAUGAAGACAUCAUUAUUUGUUUGCGCUUAGCUUUAUUAAACGAGGCAAAGGAAGUGAGAGCAGCCGGGCUGCGAGCACUGCGCUAUCUCAUCCAGGAUUCCAGUAUUCUGCAGAAGGUGCUAAAGCUGAAAGUGGACUAUCUGAUAGCUAGGUGCAUUGACAUACAGCAGAGCAACGAGGUGGAGAGGACACAAGCCCUUCGCCUAGUCAGGAAGAUGAUUACUGUGAAUGCCUCCUUGUUUCCUAGUUCUGUGGCCAACUCCUUAAUUGCAGUUGGAAAUGAUGGACUUCAGGAACGAGACAGAAUGGUCCGGGCAUGCAUUGCCAUUAUCUGUGAACUAGCACUUCAGAACCCAGAGGUGGUAGCCCUUCGAGGCGGACUAAACACCAUACUGAAAAAUGUGAUUGAUUGCCAAUUAAGUCGAAUAAAUGAGGCUCUCAUUACUACAAUUUUGCACCUUCUUAAUCAUCCAAAGACCCGGCAGUAUGUGCGAGCUGAUGUAGAAUUAGAGCGAAUUUUAGCCCCCUAUACUGAUUUCCACUACAGACACAGUCCAGACACAGCUGAAGGACAGCUCAAAGAAGACAGAGAAGCACGAUUUCUAGCCAGUAAAAUGGGAAUCAUUGCGACAUUCCGGUCAUGGGCAGGUAUUAUUAAUUUAUGUAAACCUGGAAAUUCUGGGAUACAAUCUCUAAUUGGAGUACUUUGCAUACCAAAUAUGGAAAUAAGGCGUGGUCUGCUUGAAGUGCUCUAUGAUAUUUUUCGUCUCCCUCUGCCUGUUGUGACAGACGAGUUCAUAGAAGCCCUGCUCAGUGUAGAUCCAGGAAGAUUCCAGGACAGUUGGAGGCUUUCAGAUGGCUUUGUGGCAGCUGAAGCAAAAACUAUUCUUCCCCAUCGUGCUAGAUCCAGGCCAGAUCUCAUGGACAAUUAUUUGGCACUGAUACUCUCUGCAUUUAUUCGUAAUGGACUUUUAGAGGGAUUGGUGGAAGUGAUAACGAACAGUGAUGACCACAUCUCAGUGAGGGCAACCAUCCUUCUAGGAGAGCUCUUACAUAUGGCAAACACCAUCCUGCCUCACUCGCAUAGUCACCACCUGCACUGCUUGCCAACCCUUAUGAACAUGGCUGCGUCCUUCGAUAUUCCCAAGGAAAAGAGGUUGCGAGCCAGUGCAGCCCUGAACUGUCUAAAACGCUUCCAUGAAAUGAAGAAACGAGGACCCAAGCCUUACAGCCUUCAUUUAGAUCACAUCAUUCAGAAAGCAAUUGCAACACACCAGAAACGGGAUCAGUAUCUUCGAGUUCAGAAAGAUAUAUUUGUUCUUAAGGAUACAGAGGAAGCGCUUUUAAUAAACCUUCGAGAUAGCCAAGUCCUUCAACAUAAAGAGAAUCUUGAAUGGAAUUGGAAUCUGAUUGGGACCAUUCUUAAGUGGCCAAAUGUAAAUCUAAGAAACUAUAAAGAUGAGCAGUUGCACAGGUUUGUACGCAGACUUCUUUACUUUUACAAGCCCAGCAGUAAACUGUACGCUAGUCUGGAUCUGGACUUUGCCAAGUCCAAGCAGCUCACAGUUGUUGGUUGUCAGUUUACAGAAUUUCUCCUUGAGUCUGAAGAGGAUGGGCAAGGGUACUUAGAAGAUCUCGUGAAAGAUAUUGUCCAGUGGCUCAAUGCUUCAUCUGGAAUGAAACCUGAAAGAAGCCUUCAGAAUAAUGGUUUACUGACCACCCUUAGUCAACACUACUUCUUAUUUAUCGGAACACUCUCCUGUCACCCUCAUGGAGUCAAAAUGCUGGAAAAAUGCAGUGUCUUUCAGUGUCUCCUUAAUCUUUGUUCCUUGAAAAACCAAGAUCACCUGCUAAAACUCACCGUUUCCAGCCUAGACUAUAGCAGAGAUGGAUUAGCCAGAGUCAUCCUUUCGAAAAUCCUCACGGCAGCUACAGAUGCCUGCAGACUGUAUGCAACCAAACAUUUAAGGGUUUUAUUGAGAGCUAACGUUGAAUUCUUCAACAAUUGGGGAAUUGAGUUACUGGUAACUCAGCUACAUGAUAAAAACAAAACAAUUUCUUCAGAAGCUCUGGAUAUUCUUGAUGAAGCUUGUGAAGACAAGGCCAAUCUCCAUGCUCUGAUUCAGAUGAAACCAGCCUUAUCCCACCUUGGAGACAAGGGCUUGCUUCUCCUCCUGAGAUUUCUCUCCAUUCCGAAAGGAUUUUCCUACCUGAAUGAAAGGGGUUAUGUUGCAAAACAAUUGGAAAAAUGGCACAAGGAAUAUAAUUCAAAGUAUGUUGACUUGAUUGAGGAACAACUUAAUGAAGCCCUCACUACGUACAGGAAGCCUAUUGAUGGUGAUAACUACGUUCGUCGCAGUAAUCAAAGACUACAGCGGCCUCAUGUCUACCUACCCGUACACCUUUAUGGACAACUAGUACACCACAAAACAGGCUGCCAUUUACUGGAAGUACAGAGUAUCAUCACAGAACUCUGUCACAACGUUCGCACUCCAGACUUGGAUAAAUGGGAAGAGAUUAAAAAGCUGAAAGCCUCUCUUUGGGCCCUGGGAAAUAUUGGCUCAUCGAAUUGGGGGCUUAAUUUGCUACAGGAAGAAAAUGUGAUUCCAGAUAUAUUAAAACUUGCAAAACAGUGUGAAGUCCUUUCCAUCAGAGGGACCUGUGUGUAUGUUCUUGGGCUCAUAGCUAAAACCAAGCAAGGCUGUGAUAUUCUAAAAUGUCACAGCUGGGAUUCUGUGAGGCACAGUCGCAAGCAUCUGUGGCCAGUGGUUCCAGAUGAUGUGGAACAGCUCUGCAACGAGCUCUCAUCUGUCCCAAGCACCCUCAGUUUGAACUCUGAGUCUACCAGCUCUAGACACAACAGUGAGAGUGAGUCUGCACCUUCAAGCAUGUUCAUACUGGAGGAUGACCGCUUUGGCAGCACCUCUACCAGUACAUUUUUCCUUGACAUCAAUGAAGAUGCCGAACCAGCGUUUUAUGACCGACCUGGACCCAUAAAAGAUAAAAAUUCAUUUCCCUUUUUUGCCUCUAGCAAACUUGUAAAGAAUCGUAUCUUAAAUUCACUUACUUUGCCUACUAAAAAGCACCGCAGUAGCAGUGAUCCAAAAGGAGGAAAACUGUCGUCUGAAAAUAAGACAAGCAACCGGAGAAUCAGAACACUUACAGAGCCCAGUGUUGACUUCAGUCACAGUGACGACUUCACAACUAUCUCCUCAGCGCAGAAAACAUUACAGCUAGAAACUUCCUUUGUUGGGAAUAAGCACCUUGAAGACACUGGAAGCACUCCAAGUAUUGGAGAGAAUGACUUAAAAUUCCCCAGGAGUUUUGGUACAGAGAAUCACAGAGAAAACACAAGCCGAGAAAGGCUGGCAGUGGAAAGCUCGACAGGCUCACAGAUGAAGAUCCGCAGCCAGAGCUUUAACACAGACACUACAACGAGUGGGAUCAGCUCAAUGAGCUCCAGUCCCUCCCGAGAGACAGUGGGUGUAGACCCUACAACUAUGGACACAGACUGUGGAAGUCUGAGUACUGUGGUAAGUACUAAAACUGUUAAGACGAGCCACUAUUUGACACCACAGUCUAACCAUCUGUCUCUCUCCAAAUCGAACUCAGUGUCCCUGGUGCCACCAGGUUCUUCUCAUACCCUUCCUAGAAGAGCACAGUCCCUUAAAGCGCCCUCCAUUGCAACAAUAAAAAGUCUAGCAGAUUGCAACUUCAGCUACACAAGUUCUAGAGAUGCCUUUGGCUAUGCUACAUUGAAAAGAUUACAGCAGCAAAGAAUGCACCCGUCCUUGUCUCACUCGGAAGCUUUGGCGUCGCCUGCAAAAGAUGUGCUCUUUACGGACACCAUCACCAUGAAGGCCAGCAGCUUUGAAUCCAGACUGACGCCAAGCAGGUUUAUGAAAGCUUUAAGUUAUGCAUCAUUAGAUAAAGAAGAUUUAUUAAGUCCUAUUAAUCAAAAUACCCUUCAGCGAUCCUCCUCAGUUAGGUCCAUGGUGUCCAGUGCUACAUAUGGAGGUUCCGAUGACUACAUUGGACUUGCGCUUCCAGUCGACAUCAAUGACAUAUUCCAGAUAAAGGAUAUUCCUUAUUUUCAAUCAAAGCAUGUGCCUCCACCAGAUGACCGAGGUGCAAGAAUGUUUUCCCAUGAUGGAGGAGGUCUUUCCUCUGGAACCGGCGGACUUGUGAAGAACUCUUUUCACUUGUUGCGGCAGCAGAUGAGUCUCACAGAAAUAAUGAACUCCGUCCAUUCGGACGCUUCUCUGUUCUUAGAGAGCACUGAAGACACUGGACUGCAGGAGCACACAGAUGACAAUUGCCUUUAUUGUGUCUGCAUUGAAAUCCUGGGCUUCCAGCCCAGUAACCAGCUAAGUUCCAUCUGUAGUCACUCCGACCUUCAAGAUAUUCCGUACUCUGAUUGGUGUGAGCAGCCGAUCCACAAUCCCUUAGAAGUGGUUCCCUCUAAGUUCUCGGGGAUUUCUGGAUGCAGCGAUGGCGCGUCUCAGGAAGAAGGCUCAGCUAGCAGCACCAAAAGCACUGAGCUGUUACUGGGUGUUAAAACCAUCCCAGACGAUACACCGAUGUGCCGGAUCCUGCUGCGGAAAGAAGUGCUAAGAUUAGUCGUCAACUUGAGUAGCUCAGUCUCCACCAAGUGUCAUGAGACUGGGCUUUUGACCAUUAAAGAGAAGUAUCCUCAAACAUUUGAUGACAUAUGCCUUUAUUCUGAAGUUUCUCAUCUGUUGUCACACUGCACAUUUAGACUUCCAUGCCGGAGGUUCAUACAAGAGUUAUUUCAGGAUGUACAGUUUUUACAGGAGUCACUGACUCUGAGGCUGCAUCCUGUUACCCCAUGGGCUGCCACUGCUGGUAUCCGAGGAACACGCUGGCCUUUCCACACUUCCUUAAUGUUUGUAACACUACUUCAGAGGUUUGUAACUUCAGAGCAAAAGGAGAGCCGCAACUCUCGGAACUUAGGAGUUACACGAUGCUCGACUGCAUAAGGAUGCUUAUCGGUUCUCCUCUUCAGGUUUGUUGCAAUAUGUUGUUAAAGGCUAUUUUUACUAAUUAAGGUUUUUCACUACAGUUGUGAUCAAAUAAAUAGUAAAUUUGAAAUACUUCUCAUGUCCAGAACACUUAUACCCAGUGGACUUCCAACCUCAUCAACUCUUCUCACCACUGUAAAGGAUUGAACAAGCGUUAGUAGUCUGGACCCAAAGCAAAGGAAAGCGUUAAAUGAUGCUGCGAUCUCUCAAGGACAAGUUUGCCUACAAUGUACACAUUCCAUGGAAAAAGGAAGAGCCAUAGGUCCUAUUAAAAGUCAUUUGGACUCGUUAUUAAGAUUAAAAUUGUAGUGAAAAGCCUUAAUUACUAAGUUUUAAAGCAGCGAUAAUUUAAUUUUUGUUAGUGUUCCUGUUUUGCAUAAAUUGCAGUUAUAGGUGAGUUAAAAGUACAGUCAUUGCCUUGAUCACAUUUGUGAAGUUGAUUAAGGCAUGGUUUUGUCUAAUUUGUUUAUGUAUAAAGAUACUUGGAAAUCUUACAGGAAUUAAACAUAUAUGCAAAUUUGUACAUAAGUAGCAUGAACAUUGUUACUAGAAUGCUUAUCCGUGAAAGGUUAUCCUGUUUUGAAAUCAUAUAUAGAGAACAGACCAUCCAGCUGGACUGACUAGGACCCUUUGUGAUUCCUUUGUGUUGUCCAUUUUACAAUUGCACAUCAGCUUUGAACAGGUCCUAGACAUUGGUCCAUGCCUUCCCAUGCUGUCCACCCUUCUCAUAAUGGUCUUGUUUGCAAGAUCGCUGUAAAGUACCCUGUGAACUAGAAAACAGGACUCACAGAAAUUUUUCUUUUCAUUUGCUGGCACUGAAAGUUCGCACUGGGAUGAAGCAUUUCAUCCCCCUUCCUCUUUGACUCCUCUUUGACUGCACUUCAGCGAGUUGUUCUAAUGUGCACUGUGUAGCAACUUCCAUGAUAACAAAGCAGACAAGGGCUCUAAGCUGCUGCUCACGUUACGACACAGUUCUCAUUUUCUUAGAAAAUUCAGUGAGGGUAAAACUUUCUUUUCAACUUCAUCACUGAACCCGUGUUCAUUUAAAUGUCAGCAGUGCUUCUAAGAGCAUGCCUGUCACCUUGGUCUUUGGUCUUGGACAAUAAAACUGCCUUUCCAGAGAACCAAAUGUCAGAGAUACUAGACCAAAUAGUGGUUACAAUUCCAAAGGAAGUAAUGUAGUCUUAUUCAUAAAUGGGAUUAACAUUUUAGACAUUCAUUUUAAACACUACCUCAGUUAACAGAGUAUAAAAUCUGUGGUUUCGUCCCUCAAAAGUUAACAGUAACUAUUCUUGUUUGUUUUUCUUCACACAAAACUAUGCCCAUCCUUGCGCACCUGAGUCAGCCAUCCUGAAAUUGAGGCUGUGCCCUAGUGUCCUAAGCAAGUGUUUUGACUUUUGACUGUUACUUUGAAAGGUGUCUCUGUGUGUGUGUGUGUGUGUGAGUGAGAGAGAGAGAGAGAGAGAGAGAGAGAGAGAGAGAGAGAGAGAGAG